GCGCGUGUGCGGGGUUGUGGAUCUGCAGGUGUCUCGCCUGGGCCCCAGGGAGCACCAUGGCCCGAGCACGCCAGGAGGGCAGCUCCCCGGAGCCCGUAGAGGGCCUGGCCCGCGACGGCCCUCGUCCCUUCCCACUGAGCCGCCUGGUGCCCUCAGCUGUGUCCUGCGGCCUCUGUGAGCCUGGCUUGCCUCCUGCCCCUGCCACCCCUGCCCUGCUGCCAGCUGCCUACCUCUGCGCCCCCACUGCCCUGCCCGCUGUCACUGCCGCCCUAGGGGCCCCCCGCUGGCCUGGGGGUCCCCGUAGCCGCCCCCGAGGCCCGCACCCCAACGGUCCUCAGCCCUCGCUCUCGCCCGCGGAGCAGCACCACCUGGAAUCGCCGGUGCCCAGCGCCCCGGGGGCCCUGGCGGGCGGCCCCACCCAGGCGGCCCCGGGCAUCCGGGGGGAGGAGGAGCAAUGGGCCCGAGAGAGGCAAGAGGAGCAGCAGCGACACGGCCCCUCGCCUUGGAGGGUCCUGUACAAUCUCUUCCUGGGACUGCUGCCCUUGCCCAGGGGCCGCGGAGCCCCGGAGAUGGAGCCCAAUUAG